UCUCCAGAACAGAACCAGCUUUCUUUUUCAGUGUGUUCAGUCUCUUGAAGUCUCUGGUUCUGGUGCUGCUCCCCAACAGACGACUGCAGAUGUGACUGAACUCUCCACAACAGACUGAUUGAAGAUCUUCAACCUCUUACCGCAAACCCUGAAGGACCUGAACUUCAUCUAGAGGACAAGCGCCACCAUGGACGACGACGAAGACCAGUACGAUCUCUUCCUGAAACUGUUCAACGAAACCAUGAACAUGACCGACCCAAACUACGUGGUCAGUGAAACCGUCCAGGUCUGUGCGAAGAACAAUGUCAACGAGUUUGGAGCAAGAUUCAUCCCAGUCUUCUACUACGUCAACUUCGCCUUGAGUUACCUCGGUAACGGGCUUGUCCUCUUCAUCAUCCACAAGUACGAGAAGCUCAACACGGUGACAAACAUCUUCCUCUUGAAUCUGGUCCUCUCCAACAUCCUGUUUGCCUCCAGUCUGCCUUUCUGGGCCUGGUAUCAUCUGUCCGAGUGGAUCUUCGGUGCUGCUCUCUGUAAGAUGGUCAGUAGCGCCUAUUUCAUUGGGUUCUACAGCUCCAUCCUCUUCCUCACACUCAUGACCUUUGACCGGUACCUGGCCGUGGUGCACGCGGUGGCGGCUGCCAAGAACAGGAAGCGAGUGUACGCCAUCAUCGCGUCGGUCGUGGUUUGGUGCAUCAGCAUUCUCGCAAGUGUGAAGGAGCUGGUUCUUCAGAAUGUUUCUAAGAACCCUUUAGCCGGACUCAUGUGCGAGGAGAUGGGGUACGCGAAGAGCACCAUGGACAACUGGCGCCUGGUCAGUUCCUAUCAACAGUUCCUGCUCUUCUUCCUCUUUCCUCUCAUCAUGGUGAUGUACUGCUACAUCUGCAUCACUGUACGUAUCCAAACCACCCGCCUGAAGGAGAGGUGUCGCGCCAUUAAGCUCAUAUUUGUCAUCAUCUUCACCUUCUUUGUCUGCUGGACGCCCUUCAAUAUCGUUGCCCUCCUUCAAGGUAUCAAGAUCUCCCAAUCCAGCCCAGAAGAAGACCCAUGUGAUGACAGUCUAGACUACGCCCUGUAUGUGACCCGGAACAUCGCCUACUUGUACUGCUGCAUCAGUCCUGUGUUUUACACAUUUGUAGGAAACAAGUUCCAGAGUCACUUCAAAAGACUGAUGGCCAAGAAGAUUCCCUAUCUGAGGAGACAUCUCAGUUGGGACAGCCAGACCACCAGGUCCACAUCCCAGAAGACCCCGUAUUCUGUUCACGAGUACUGAACACACCAUGUCUGACGAUCCAGCCUUGUGGUGGAACCUAGUACGACCUUAAGCAAAGCAAAUUAUAGUUGGCCCAAGAUGAAGCCUUGUGGUACUCCACACAGUGCAGAUAUAAUUAAAUGUACCCAUAAUUCCUCUUUAAAAACACCUGAAAUGUGUCAGUUAACUGAUA